AUCGGACAGUAGACUUCCAUUGACGCCCAAUUUCCAAAUAUGGUUCCAAAGCCAUUUUAGCGACGGGUUUCUCCCCAUCUGUACACUUACCUUAUGUGAAACGGAUUAAAGUUUUUCCGAUUAACCACAUGGCAAGAUUCGUCGAUUCGGCCCUCAGCCCACGACGGAUCUUCGGAAUCUGAUCUAGUGACUAUCUCGAAUCUAAGCUGCUGACGUUCGCACGAUCUGCAAAGAGGAGGGUCAAACGAUGUCGUCACCGGACAGUGCGGCAAUCUUGGACAACUUGAAGGAGCUCGAUAGGUUGAAGAAAGAGCAGGAAGAAAUGAUUCAGGAGAUCAACAAGAUGCACAAGAAACUACAAUCUAAUCCGGAGGUGGUUGAAAAGCCUGGUGAUAGUUCUCUAUCACGCCUUAAAAUGCUAUAUAUUCAAGCCAAAGAGCUAUCAGAAAAUGAAGUGAGUGUGUCCAGUCAAUUGCUAGGGCAACUGGAUGCAUUAAUUCCUUCUGGAAAUGCUGGACAGCAUCGAAGAAGGAUAGAUAGUGGCGAGCAGAAGAAAAAAAGGAUGAAGGCUGAUCCAGAAGUCCCAAGACAGUCUGCUUCCAUUCGCAAUCCUCUCGAGUCUCUUGCAAACCUGAAGGGCGAACAAGUGGCAGCAAGGAUAGUUCAAGAGGAUAAUGGAAAGGAUGAGUGGUUUGUUGUUAAAGUAAUCCAUUUUGAUAAAGAAACGAGAGAGUUUGAAGUGCUGGAUGAGGAACCAGGUGAUGAUGAAGACAGCACUGGCCAGAGGAAAUACAAACUGCCCAUGUCACAUAUUAUACCUUUUCCGAAAAGGAAUGAUCUCUCGAGUGCACCCGACUUUCCUCCGGGAAAACAUGUUUUGGCUGUUUAUCCAGAAACCACUGCACUGUAUAAAGCAACGGUUGUCCAGGCUCGUAAGAGGAAGAAUGACGAUUACAUUUUGGAAUUUGAUGAUGAUGAAGAAGAUGGAUCUUUGCCUCAGCGGUCUGUGCCCUUCCACAGAGUUGUUCCUCUUCCUGAAGGGUAUCGUCAGUGAUUGUUUUGUGUUAUUAUAGUUGUAAAAGAUGAUGGGAACCAGGAGCACACUGAAUGAAAUGUGUAUUUAAUCCAAUAAUGUGAACUGUCUCCAAGCUCA